AUGAAUGUUAUCGAAAAAAUAGCGAACCGGCCAAUGCUGUCGGAGAGACGCCGCGCCACGCUGGGAUCCAUGUAUUCUCUGGUGGGGACUCAUAGUGCUGUGAAGCUUUGCCGCUGGCAAAAGUCCAUGAUGCGUGGUAGGGGUGGGUGUUACAAGUGGACAAUGUAUGGAGUUCAAUCACACCGCUGUAUGGAGGCCACCCCAAGCAUGGCAUGUGCAAACAAUUGCGUCUUUUGCUGGCGCUUAAAUACUAACCCCACGGCAACGAAGUGGAAAUGGCAGGUGGAUGACCCGCAGGCCAUUGUGGAUGGAAUGUUGUCAAGUCACAAAUCGUUGAUUCAAGGGGUACGCGGCAUGCCGGGUGUGACAGACGAGAAACUGGAGGAGGCGAUGAACCCAAGGCACUGUGCACUUUCGCUUGUUGGUGAGAGUGUCUUGUACCCGUAC